AGUAACUGUGUCGAAUCAGCCACCGGAUCUAGACAUAUUGUUACUUUCAUUUUCGUCGAAAAAAAUGGAGGGCCAGAGCCUGGGUCUCCGCGUGCAUGUGCACCCCGUCGUUCUCUUCAGUAUCGUCGACUCGUACGAACGGAGAAAUGAGGAUGCGAAGAGGGUGAUUGGAACUCUGCUGGGCACAGCAGACAAGAAGAUAGUGGAGGUAACAAACUGUUUCCCAGUGCCACACAAUGAGUCCGAGGAUGAGGUCGCAGUUGACAUGGAGUUUGCCAAAAAUAUGUAUGAGCUUCACAAGAAGGUGAACCCCUCUGAAGUGAUCGUGGGAUGGUAUGCUACUGGUCCGGACAUCACUGAACACUCAGUGUUGAUUCAUGAAUACUACUCCCGGGAAUGCAACCAUCCUGUCCAUCUGACUGUAGAUACCAACCUCAGGGGCAACAAGAUGGCAUUUAAGGCAUACCAAAGUGUUUCCAUGGGUGUAUCAGGUGGCACUAUGGGCACGAUGUUCACUCCCCUCCAGCUGAAAAUCACAAGCUAUGAGGCAGAGAAAGUAGGAGUGAGUUUGAUCCAGCAGGGGAAAACUGCACCCAACAGCACCAUCUCCAUGUUACCUGACCUGUCUGCUGUUGGGAACCAGGCAGCCAAGCUGCAAGAGCUACUGACUACUGUUAUCGCCUAUGUGGACGACGUAUUGGCUGGGAAGGUGACAGCUGACAACGUGGUUGGACGUCUGCUGAUGCAGCUGGUGGCUAAAAUACCACAGAUGGAGCCAGAGGAGUUCCAGAGUAUGCUCAACAACAUGAUGAAGGUAUCCUCCCCAGUGGUGACUGCAGAGCGCAUGGCAGGCUCAGCCAUGUACGAGCUGGUGCGAGUCGGACACAGUGAGCUGGUGGGAGAGAUCAUCCGAUUGGAGAAUGACAUGGCCACCAUACAAGUAUACGAGGAGACAUCCGGUGUAACUGUUGGUGACCCAGUGUUGCGUACAGGGAAACCCCUGUCGGUAGAGCUGGGACCAGGUAUCCUAGGGAACAUCUUUGAUGGGAUUCAGCGUCCUCUGAAGGACAUCUGCGACCUGACACAAAGCAUCUACAUUCCUCGUGGUGUCAACACCCCUGCCCUCAGCCGCACCGUGAAAUGGGAGUUCAAGCCGCAAGCUGGAGUUAAGGUUGGCAGUCACAUCACAGGAGGGGACAUCUAUGGACUGGUCCAUGAAAACACACUCAUCAAGCACAAGCUGCUACUUCCAUCCAAGGCUCACGGAACUGUCACCUACAUAGCAGAGCCAGGCAACUACGAUAUCAGUGAUGUCGUGUUGGAGACAGAGUUUGACGGUGAGCGCGAGAAGUUCACCAUGCUGCAGGUGUGGCCCGUGCGACAGAUGCGUCCUGUGUCAGAGAAACUGGCGGCCAACUUCCCACUCCUCACAGGACAGAGGGUGCUAGAUGCUCUCUUCCCGUGUGUGCAGGGUGGAACCACUGCCAUCCCAGGUGCUUUUGGUUGUGGGAAGACUGUCAUCUCCCAGUCUGUCUCCAAGUACUCCAACAGUGAUGUCAUUGUUUACGUUGGAUGUGGUGAGCGUGGAAACGAGAUGUCGGAGGUUCUGAGAGAUUUCCCCGAGUUGUCGAUAGAGAUUGAUGGAGUAGUUGAGUCAAUCAUGAAGCGUACGGCGCUGGUGGCUAACACAUCCAACAUGCCCGUGGCAGCUCGAGAGGCUUCCAUCUACACAGGCAUCACGCUGUCUGAAUACUUCCGUGAUAUGGGCUAUAACGUCUCCAUGAUGGCUGACUCCACCUCCCGUUGGGCUGAAGCUCUGCGUGAGAUCUCUGGACGUUUGGCUGAAAUGCCUGCAGAUUCUGGUUACCCUGCCUACCUCGGCGCACGACUUGCUUCCUUCUACGAGCGCGCAGGACGGGUGAAGUGUCUAGGAAACCCUGAGCGAGAGGGAAGCGUCAGCAUUAUUGGAGCAGUGUCCCCACCAGGAGGUGACUUCUCCGACCCCGUGACCUCCGCCACCCUGGGUAUCGUGCAGGUGUUCUGGGGUCUGGACAAGAAGCUGGCCCAGAGGAAGCACUUCCCCUCCAUCAACUGGAUCAUCAGCCACAGCAAGUACAUGCGAGCCCUGGAGGAGUACUACGACAAGCACUUUCCUGAGUUUGUGCCGCUCCGGACUAAGUGUAAAGAAAUCCUUCAGGAGGAGGAGGACUUGUCAGAGAUUGUGCAAUUGGUUGGCAAGGGCUCCCUUGCUGAGACAGACAAGAUCACUUUGGAGGUAGCCAGACUCAUCAAGGAUGACUUCCUACAGCAGAACGGUUACACCGCUUAUGACAGAUUCUGCCCAUUCUACAAGACUGUUGGGAUGAUCCAAAACUUGCUGGCGUUCUAUGACAUGGCCAGACAUGCUGUAGAGACCACUGCCCAGAGUGAGAACAAGAUCACCUGGGCUAUAAUCCGGGACAACAUGGGCGACAUUCUCUACAGGCUCAGUAGCAUGAAGUUCAAGGAUCCAGUGAAGGACGGGGAAGCUAAGAUCAAGGCUGAGUACGCCCAGUUGUAUGAAGACAUGCAGACUGCCUUCCGGAACCUGGAGGACUAGUUCAAUAGGAGAAGUAAUUUGUCACGGAAAUCUUCAAAUGUUCUACAUACUAGUUAACAGGGUUUGAGAAAUUUUCUAAAAUUCACUUGUCCUAUUGGGCGAGUACAGAAAAUUUACUUGUCCAAACUAUUUUUCACUUUUCCAGUCAUUUAAAUGACAUUUGUCUAAGUACUGGUACUUCAAUUCCAUCAAUGGACUUCUUUUAUUGUUGGCUCAAUUUUUCUGUGUUGACCAAUGCUUGAUGCUAUGACCAU